CUAUUCGAUCCUACCCCAGCGUCAAUCUGCCGCGUCACCUCCAUUUUCUUCUGUCACACACUCGCCUUUCUCUUCUCAUUGGUUCCCCGCUCAAGAUUCUCGAACUUGUCCAACAACACGAUCCGAGAGACAGAACGCCUAGGCAGAGUCGGCAGUCCCGUUCUCCUUCUCUCCUUUACCUCUACCUUCAUGAUGUAUUCGAACUAAUCUAGCAAAUAAUACGUAUAGAUAUCUGUUAAGUCAUGGCAUAGUAUUCGUCUUGGGAUAUCGUGAGGUGUUUGCUUUUACCUUGCUGAGUUUCGCGCCGUUAGUUUUCAUCGGAGGCUACCAAUCCGCCUGUCAUGUCCGAAGUUCAACAGUCCGAUAUGGACGAGAAGCCAACUACGUCCAGCGGCAAGCAAUCGCCUUCGGCUUUUGACAGGCUUCCUGACGAGAUUAUCGAACAAAUACUUCAAUUAACUGAUCCUGAAUCGUUUGCGUCUCUCGUCCUAUUGAAUUCGAAAUGGAGGCGUGUUUCGCAACAUGCUCAUCUCUAUGCACUCCACCUCUCGCAAUGCGCAUCCUACGCUUCUAGUCAUAAUGCCGUGCCAGUCGCAACAGUCGGUGACGAUGAUAACUUACCUAAGCUGCGCCGUUCAUUCGCCCGCGAGGUCAAGAGGAACCUGUUCGAAGCAUAUCUGCGACCGAGGUCGACUACGAUCAAAUUGAUUUCGAAUUGUAUUGGCUCGUCCUCUGCGCCCGGCGGCGAGGGAAUGCAAUUUAGUCCAUCACCUAGAGGUCAUCAUAUUCUCGCAUAUAACUCAUCUCGAAUAUUUGUCUUUGACGUCAGGGAACCCGAGCUAGCUGUUAAGCGGGAGUUUAAAAUACUGCGCCGCCCUGCAUCCGCGUGCAUCUUGGACGAUGGCAGUCUCCUUGCAGUCUUGUCAACUGAUAUGCAGGUUGACCUAUAUGAUUUGGGCAAAGUUCCACCUCGUCGGAUUCAGUCGCUGAUCCUAGACCACGCUCCUCGCGCGAUCGCACUAUCCCCGUGUGGGCGCGUUCUGGCUGCCGCAUACGAAGGUGGCAUCGAGGUACAAUCUCUAAACCCAGGAGCUCUACCGACAGACCGACGGGCUGUUAAAUGCGACGGCGUGGACUCUCUUGCCUUCUCAUUCGACGGAACUCAGCUGUUAGGGACAACGACGACAUCGCAUACGCCCAACACUGUUAUUCUGACUGCUCCUUAUUACGAUCCUGAAAAUCAAAUGUGCGAAGAAAAUAAUAUUAGCGCGCUCUGGACUACUUCUAUACUCUUCCCAAAUACAAGCCGGGAUUGUAGUCACGCUGUUCUGCUACAGGAAUCAAGUUCUAUGGAGGCGACUUGGACUUUUACCUACGAUCGAUCCUUCGAGACUUUCCGUGCUGUGAGAAUUGACGAUCUGCGCAACGGAACGACUUAUUUCACAGGGCCUGUCCCGAGCACCUCCUCGCCUGGGCCUUUGCUGCCAUGUACCUUACCUGCUGCUAACUAUCAGGGAGACCUUGUUUCGGCUGGGUUUGAAGGAAAAGACAUAUGGCUAUACGGCAUACCCGAGGAUCUGGAAGCUGUUCCUGAAGGUAUCCACGCAUCGCCUGACUCGAAUGGGCCUCCUGGAUUGCACCGUAUGAAUAGCGGGGUUUCAGUCCGGUCGCCUUCCCGAGUACAGGAUGUAAACGGUGGGCGUGUUCCCCAGUGGCAAAUACUCUGCGACAAGUUCCGUAAUAACUUCGUGAGCGGGCGCAAUAUCACCCAGUUGACUGGUGUGAGCACUGUCAAGUGGGUUUCUGGCUUCGGCGAUACGUCUUUAGAGGAACGUCUUGUUGUUGCAGCUCGGGGCGUUAUGCCACCUAAGCCCGUAACCGAGGAAGACGGUAUCGACUUUGUAGACGGAGGAAGAAUUACAAUACUCGAUUUUGACUAUAGGACGGAGGACGGCGAAGAGAAAGAGAUCACCAUUGAAGUUGGCACAAAUGAGGCUGAAAUACUAGAAGAGGAACACCGAGAUAUCGACACAGAAGUGGCCAUCGUCAGGCGAAGAACAGUGGCACAGCGGAGGGGUAACCGGAAUAGUGUAAUGUCUGUGGCAGCAACCUCUUCUCGCCAGGUUGAUGCUCUGCUUCGACCAUCAACCUCUCACACCUACAUCGACGAUUUGGAGGAUCCGCUAGUACCGCGGCCAAUGGCUACAGCACGUUCUAAUUCCUACGUCACGGCACUUGAUGAGACGGAAGACGUCUCUUUAGAGGAGGCUCAAGAGGCUCUUGACGCCCCGUAUGCUCAUGCCAACCCACGAUCUGGACCAACACUGCGUCGCGCCGCUACAGCUGCUGCUGUUAAUCGUCGACGUAAUCCACAACCGGCCGCCGCUGGUCGAGUCGAGUAUAGACGCGCCGACGGAAGGGCGGAACAUCCUCAUGAGAGUGACGCUGACAACUGGGUACCUCCCCCGCCCCCGUAUACUAAGGACGAUCCCGGCGACUUGCCUGCAUUUCUACGCCAUUCUGCUAUAUCUGGCGUCGGCCUUCCACUUAGUGACUUCGUCCCACCUGUUCCUCCACUCCCAUCGUCGAUUCCUCCCGUCCCCUCUUUUCCGUCGGCUGUCCCACCUGUUCCACCAGUUCCGGCGGUUCCAUAUUCGCAUGCGAAUUCCGGUCGUCCUGAGCUGCCUCGUCUUCAAACCACCCCAUUGCGAGAACAAGCAUCUCGCAUGUCUUGGAAUUACCAAUUCCCAAGCCAGGGAGGCAUGAACGAUUCUGUCAACGGUAGUAGAUCUGCUGUCCCGGUAGGUAGGCAAUCCCCUACUUUCUCGCGACGUAAUCGACCCCACGUGGAUGAUGAUGACAUAUACAAUGUAUCUCCGGUUGGGACUCCUCGGGCCACAAGUUCCCACGUAUCCGAAGGCCCGGCCAUGACAAAUGUAACCCCCGAACGGCCUAGCCCACAUAACACAGCGCCUUCGUGGCGUACGGAAUAUACACCAACCUCAUCUAGGUCGCAUCCAUUCACGGGAGGAUCCCGUCCAGGAUCAGCUAAUACAUACUAUCACAAUCCUACCACACCCUCAUCUACAGUGGGCAAUCAGAGGUGGGAUAAUGGACAGAUUGGUAACUACCCAACUGUCGGUAGACUUCCCAACGCUCAGACUUGGCCAAGAGCUCCCCCUUCUUCGGACAUGCCUUCUUUAGCUUCAUUUGAUGGCUACCCUCAUUCCGCACCUGCCACAAAUCAGUACAACGAGGAAAUUAUAGCGGCAGCUUUACCCCCUGCGCCUACCCCGGAUUUGUUAGCACGUCUUCACAGAAGACAGGGCAGCACUGGCGCUCCUCGUCCCGCGUCUGGAAGCUUCCAGUUCCCACGCGUACCUGUGGGUAGUCGUAGUCAGCGAGAUUCUCGACGGUACAGUGGAAUUCCCGAAAUUCAACCUCCACCGGCGGAUCCAGACCAGCCACUUAUUAUCAGCACGCCAACGGGUGUUUCUGGUGCGUACGAUACUCCCGGCUAUUUGGACGGAGGUAGAGGGCCUUCAGAACCGAUCUUGCAUGCACCAGUUCCUCGCCAUCCUAGACCAACGUCGGGAGCUCACCUGCUUCGGCCUACCGUCGAGCGUCUUGAAACUAUUUCUAGUAUCAAUAAUGGAGAGCAGCCGCCCUCUACAUCGCUGCGCCACCAUACAAGUCUGACCCGCCGGCAGAGUCGCGCCCGAAGAGGGGCGCUCAAGAAUAUACAGGAUGCUAAGCUCCGGGGCUGGACGGGCCGGAGGAAGAGUAAGAAGAAGGAUAAGGAGACCUGGACGGAUGUGACCUGGGCUGCGGCGGUAGCACCUAGAGGCCUGAGUAAGGAUAAGAAGUGUGCUGUGAUGUAAAAAAGAGAGAGGACAUAUGAUGUUGAAAUACUUUUGGUUUUUGGGUUUUCUUUUUUAACGAUUAAUACCCUUUUUGCCUUGGACGCAAAUAAAAAGAGAGAUUUACUUUGUUUAAGAAAAGGGAUACAGGCUGGAUAUUUUGGGUCCAUUCGCUCAGACGUCGGUUAGGGUUGGAAAGGGAUAACAGGCGCAAGUGCAAUAGAUACCAUAGUCUGCUGCCAACACAAAGGAGUUUAAAAAUGAGACGUGGAGCCGCGUAUUGCGGUUCCUUAUUAGUCUGUAA